AUGGCUUCCAUCCUAGAGUACACGUCCGUUGCGCGGCCUUACGCUCUGCUGAUUGUCCUGGUUCUGCUGCAGUGCGGCUCGGCCCAAAUGUGCUCCUUCUGGGAGUCAGGGUGUAUCGACCCGCUCGCCCAGACCGCCGUUCCGAUUGACUUCUCGCCACUAUUUCCAGACCCUAUCACCUUCUACUAUGGCUUCGAUGAACUUGUAUCGGGUAAAGGCCAGGGCCCGGUGACCAAGACUAGUUACUGGCUGCGAUACCAGGAUCGGAAGAUCAACAAGGAUCAGGUGACGUCGAAUCGGACGUCCGAGGUUGCUUUGCGUGUGGGCAAUCUAACCGGCACGCCCUCGGGAACUACAAAUGGGUGCGACGGGAUUUGGGGGCGCCCUUGCUCGCAUGAUAUCAAAGGCGCUCUGCAGCAUACCAUCUUCCUCCUUGCCACGUCGGGCGAAUACUAUUCAAAGCCUCUCGAAGCGACGUUGGCACAUAUGAUGCUGUAUCCUCCUUCCCUCCCGAAUUGCGGAGCUCCCAUCUUUGAUGUGGCAUCCAUUCCUGUGCAGGAAUUUGCCAAGGAGAGAAUCCCAGGUCCUAAUGUCAGCGUGAUGCCUCCGGGCUCGGGCCAUCACCCCUGGCAAGUUUGGUACAUCGAUGGCAUGAGUUCGCACCAGCAAGCCUCGCAAGUCGCAGUUGGAAUUAUUGCUCGCUCACCGACGUACAAUAGCCCUCCACCGCUCACCCCUGAUGAAAUCCAGGUAGAGCUAGUGUGCCUUCAGGCCCCGCAAGGGCCGCCGGUCGGGCCUUACAAGGGAUCAUGA